ACUUUGUUGUACUGUAGCGUAGAUAAAAAUGAUUUCUAAUUAAUUAUGUACAAUUUGAAUUCAAAUUAAGAUAAGAUGGUGAAAUGUUGCCUAUAAUAUGUCAUUUUUGUUUUUAUUUGUACUGUUUAAAUUCUUGAAAAAAUUAUAGUAUUGUAACCGAUUUUAAAAUACUUACUUAACACUCAGAUGUGAGAACUAGUUUCAGAAAUCUCUUUGACCUUUUAUUUAUGUUUUUUCCUAUUAUAUACGUCUAAUAUAUGUUUAUCUUAGUAUUAUACUUAGCUACAUAAUCAGAUUUUAAUAUUAGAUCUUUUUUACAUUUUUAAUCUUGAGAAUUGAUACUUGAGACAUUGUAACUUGUUGUACUUUAACCUUAUACCGUAUAAAUGGAUUCUAUUUUAAAUCGAUGAAGUGAAUUAACUGAUUAGACCAAACUUUGAAGCUGAUUUAACUGUUCAACUGAUGACAACUUUAGGUCAUUUUCACUUGAGAAUAAUUUUGGCUGAUUCUUAACCAAAUUAACUGAUUAAAGUACUAGAUGUUGAAAUUAUUACCAAAUACUAAAAUUGAAAUUUUUGUUUGAUUGAAAUUUCCAUUUGAUCAAAAUGUUUAUUUGAUUUUUACUGAUUUUAAUUGUUAAAGUUUACCAAAUAUUUGAUGAUGUUUUGUAGUAUUUAUGUUUCCCUGUAUUGUAACAGUUGCUUAAUAAAUAUAGUGUUUCAUUCUCUCAUAUAUACAAUUGGAUAACAAAUGUACUGUAAUAUGAUUUGCUGUAAUAUUUUAUUUUCUCAAAUUUGUUCUCAAAUGAAUGAAAAUAUUGCAAUAGUAAUAUCUAACAAAAAAAAACAGAUAAAUUCUGAAAGGGGUGACAAAACAAACCACUCAGAAAAAAGGACUUGUGCAGGUUUUAGGCUCUAUUGAAAAAUUAUGUAUUUUAGCUUUGUGCUGUUUAUUACUUUAAAAAUAAACUUUUGUAAUAUACAUAUAACAUUAUCAGCAGGAUGGAAGUUGCUAUAUUCAGUUUGACGUUCCUGGUGCUUGCAUAUUAUGUAAUGUUCUCCAAUAUCCCUCAUCUUUACAAAAUAUUCCUUGGAAUGGCUGCUUUCUUGAUAGUUGGACUAAGAUACCUACACAAGACAGUAUUUUGGCUGUUUUACCCUGACUUUGGAAGCAAAAACCCAUUUUCUGCAGACUCUAGGGUCCCUAGAAAGCCCUAUGAGAUGGAUCACCGUAAACGAGAUGCCAUUAUAAAACAGUCAUUUACAGUUGGUAAGGUUCAAGAGCAGGUUUAUGAUGCUGUGGUUGUUGGAAGUGGUAUAGGGGGUAUGACAGUAGCUGCCAUUCUCUCUAAGAUUGGGAAGAAAGUAUUAGUAUUGGAGCAGCAUGACCAGGCUGGGGGUUGUUGUCACUCCUUCGUUGACAAAAAUUAUGAGUUUGAUGUUGGGAUUCACUAUAUUGGGGAGAUGGAUGAUGGUAGAUACAAUAGAGUUUUGGUGGAUCAGUUGACUGAUGGCCAGCUUGAAUGGGCUCCAUUGAUGAACCCAUUUGACAAAGUAGCAAUUGGUGUAGGGGACGAUAAGAGAGAGUACCCCAUAUUCUAUGACUUGCAGAGAUUUGCGAAAGAGCUAAAGCCACUUUUUCCGGUUGAAGAACAUGAUGCUAUUGAUGAAUAUGUCCGGUUGGUAAAAGAAUUCUCACAAUUACCCAAAGCCAUAACUGGAGUAUUGAAGCUGAUGCCAUUAUCCUUGACAAAGUUUCUUCUCAAGAUGGGAGUCUUCAAGGAUGAACUGAUGAAAUGUCAAGAAACAACUGCCUCAUUAGUGAAAAGAUUAACAGCAAACAAAGAUUUGCAGACAGUCUUCACUUACUGCUGGGGAGAUUAUGGAACUGAGCCUGAAGAGUCCUCAUUCAGGACCCAAGCGGGAUUAGUCUCUCACUUUGCGGGAACUGGAGGAUUUUACCCUGUUGGAGGGGCAUCUGAGAUAGCGUUGAACAUUAUUCCAGUCAUUGAGAAAAGUGGGGGACAGGUUCUUGUGAAUGCCAGGGUAGAAAAGAUCGUAGUUGAAAACGGAGCAGUCAGAGGUGUACAAGUGGCCAGAAAAAAUGAAUCUUGUUUCCUAGAGAGUCCGAUUGUGGUUUCAGCUGCAGGACUGAUGAAUACUUGUAACUCACUUUUGGAUGAAAGUGUAGUGAAAUCAUCUGCCUACUUCUCUAGACUUCUUAAACAGGACAGGGUAAAGGCGGGUGUGGGUACAAUGAGUGUAUUUUUGGGACUGAACAGGAGUGGAAAGGAACUGAACCUUGUUCGUCAAAAUACUUGGGCUUUUACUGAUGAACAUGCUGCCAUGGCUGGGACUCAAUGUGAUUACUUUACCCAAGAGAAUGCCCAUAAUGCUUCUGACAAGAAUAUACCACUGCUUUUUAUUUCCUUUCCUAGUACAAAGGAUCCCAACUGGGAUAAUCACCCAGAGAGACGAGAAAAAAGUACUGUAGCAAUUGUUACCUUUGCCCAGUGGGAGUGGUUUGAAUCGUGGGAUGACCAGCCUUUAAAGCGAAGAGGAGAUGAUUAUGACAGGGCCAAGAAAUUAAUUGGUCAAAAGAUGAUUGAUCAGACAUGUCAGUUGUUCCCUCAGAUAGAAGAGUAUAUUGACUAUGUGGAUAUUGGCACUCCAGUGACAAACAACCACUACAUUUCAUCAACAAAGGGUGAGAUUUAUGGCUUGGAUCACAAUGUUGAUAGAUUUGCCCCAGAAGCUAAUGCAGCAUUGCGACCAGAAACAGAUAUUUCUGGACUGAUCAUGACAGGUCAAGAUGUUUUGAUGUGUGGGUUUACUGGUGCUCUAAUGGGUGGUGCAUUGACAUCCUGUGCUAUGCUGAAACGUGACAUCUUUACUGAUAUCUGGAACCUUCGCAAAAAAUCCUACCCAUACACAAAGAAAGUAAAUUAAUAACAUUUCAGAUUGUUAAAGGUACUGUUGACAUGAUGAACGAUUUCUCGCUAUUAUGUAUAAGUAGAUUGGUUAAGAAGUAGAUUGGAUAAGAAACAGCAGCCCAAUGUUAAAUUUGAAUAUCAGACAGACUAUGGCUAAGGAAGUGCCACAUAUUUAUUUAUAUUGGUUUGCAGAUUUGAAUAGUUUUUUUACAUUUCUAAACAUUUAGAAAGCUUUAUCCAAGGGACGCUUAUUUGAAGUUUUCGGUUUGAUGAUAAAAAAGGGUUUAUCAA